AAAGCAAGAAAAACAGAGACAUCAAUAUGCCCUACUACGAGGAGGAACGUCGUCAUCACCACCAUCAUCAUCAUGGUGGCCGACCCAUUGUGGAGGUGGAUAUCAUGCCACCGAGGCUGCCCCGUCCAGUGAUUGAGAUCGAUGUGGGUGGCCGUCGUCCACCACCACCCAGGGUGGAGGUGAUCACCCCCGCCGCUGUCUACCAGCCCCCCUAUCAGCCACAGUACCAGCAGCAGCGACCCAUCGUCGAGGUGGAUGUGGUGCAGCCGAACAGACCCUUCAUUGAGUUCAACAUUGGCGGCCGUCGUCCGCCCCCACGUGAGGAGAUCAUCAUUGUGCAGCAGCCACCCCCACCCAGGUGGUAGACUGGACCUGGAACCGAGAACUGCCAUCAGUUAAUUGGAAAUCCGUUUCAAAUGUUUGCUUAAAUAAGUUAAAUGCAUUUUUAUUUUAUUUUAAUUGAAAUCUA